GCCUUGGGAUAACAAGAGGAGGAUACUGAGGAGAUGAAGAGUUGGAAAGAGGUACCUGGAACUGCGAUAAAGAACAUCGAUGUGUGGAUUGAGAACUUUGAAUUGCAGUGAGGAGCUAGUGGAUGGCAGCAUUGCACUUCUCAGUGUGCAGCCCGCCUGGAAAUUUUGAGAAGACGACGUCGUGUCACUCAACUUCCCUAAGAGCUAGGAUGCCGAUCCCCAGAACCUAUUGCUUCAGGAAGCGUCAUCAAAGACCCCUCAUCACCGGGCAGAGGCUAUGCUAUUUCUGGAUUAUUGUUGCUGUGUUGCUUUUAACCUCACAGCCUUCCUACGGAGUACGGAUUCUCUCAAACUCAUCUACAACCAAAUAUGCAGCUGUGGGAGACAGUGUGACCCUCAGCUGUCACUUCGGGCUUGCUCCUGAGGGCUUGGGACACCUCGACAUUGAAUGGAGUAUCAAGCCUUUGAAUAUCAGCGAAGAGGAAACCACUGUAGCCAUGUGCGUUGAUAAUCGCACAUAUGAAGAUUAUUAUCCAUUCAAGGACAGAGCCAAGUUUGUGUCUCCUGAUCCCGCGAGCGGCGACGCUUCGAUUGUCAUCAAAGAGCUGAGACCUACAGACUCGGCCGUCUACCAAUGCAAGGUUCGAAAACUCAACAGAUUGAGCAGCAUUCGCAUUAACCUGACGGUAAAGGCGAGGCCAGCUAAACCCAAAUGCUACGUGAAGUCUAAAUCGUUGGAGCCUUGUGAGGUGGUACUUGGGUGUACGACAACAGAAGCCAGCACCCCCAUACUGUACAGCUGGGUCAAAGAAAACACAGAGAAUCUCCUUCCAGUUGGUGCCUUCGCGGAUUCACACAACGGUGACCUGCUCUUAAACCAAGACAUCCAGGGAACGUUCGUCUGUACAGUUCAUGGCUCUGUCGGGGUGGAGACGUGUGCAAUUGAGCUGGAGUCAUGUAACACUGAAGCAAACACAGUGACAUUACUCGCUGUGCUCGCCAUGUUCCUAACCUUUCCCACCGUAGCCAUCGUCGUAGCCUGCUGCUAUAAAAGAAAUGAUACGCAUUUUGGAAACGAGAUCCUGGAAGACUGCUCUCCUCCCAACAAACGGCUGCUGAUGGAGUGACUAGAAUGUGCCGCAAUACAAUAGAAGUCAGUAUAUGUAAAAGUAGAAGUCAGUAAAUGGAAAUAUGGAAGUCAUCACAUUUAAAAAGCCAAAAUGAUGUAAUUGUGAAUGUUGAAAAAAGUUGAAUGUUCUUUUUGUCAAUUACUAUAAAGCAGGAAAGCAAGAUCCUUGAGGAUAGUGUGUUCGUGAAAACGAGAGAUGAAACACUUGCUGUGUCGAUGAGGAAGCAGGUUAAAAGUUAAAUAAUUACUGCACAUACACUGACACUGUCAAAUUGUGCAUUUAUGUCUUGUUAUGUUGUCCAUAUGACAUUUAGGGGCAGGUGAAUUUAGUUAACUGAAGCAGAUAGUGUGUAAAAAGAUAAUAUUUGUACAUGUAUAUGAGUACUUUAGACGUGGGCAAAGAUGAGAAAACAGGUACAAAGUUAACAGAAUCAUGAAGCUCAUACUGACGUUAUCAAACUGCACUGCUCUUGUUAUUUUCCAUUCAAUAUUGUUUAAUAAAAUGACAUUUGGUUGUUCAGAGGA